GAGGAGGCUCGGCGGUUGGCCAGGGCCAAGUGAUAUACUCUGAUGAGGCCUUGCUCAACAUCAGUAGCAUGGGCGGGAGGCGGCUAACUAGUAGGCCGCGCGAGUGGGUUGCGAAGUACGAACACGUUAUGCGCACACACAAACGCAUGACGGAACGGUGAGAUGCGCACCCAAGACGGACAGCACAGCAUCUUUGGACUGGUGCAUUGCAGUCAGUAGGUAGCACUUUGAAUGCAGCGCGCCUGCUGCACACACUGCAUUGGCCCGAAUGGGGAUGUGCUACCGGCGCAUGGGAGGCAGCGAUGAGGAGACGACGAACACAUCCCCGUCCCAAAAGGUUAACCCAUCGAGCGAAGAGCAAGUCUUCUGGCCAAUGGGCACACAAGGAAGAGAAUCUAAUUUAAGCACAUGGAAGCAGAACAUGGCCUUUGUGAGCGUCCACGGCGUCGACUGGCUGGCGCGCGCGAAGAAGGGAGGCGGGAAGGUGGGAGUAAGCCUGAUUGGGGAUGCAGAACUAUCGUGCCACCGACCAAUGGCAAUGACAGGCGCUCGGCGGGCGCUUAGAAGCGACCUCGAUUGGAUGGCUGGUCACUUGACAAAGCUACAUCUAGUAGUUGAAAGGUCUCUGAGCUGGCCUUGCGGAGAACAAACUAUUGACUAUCGCAUGAAGCUCAUCCGGCCUCUUCAUGCAAGAAUCUGGUGGAAUAUCGGUCUUGACUGCUUGAUCCGUGAAGCAACAUACGCCGAGCUCAGGCUUGGGCGUCAAUGUUCUCAAGCUAUAAUGUUCCGUUUCAGUCCCGCCGAGAGCAAAGGCGGUGACCUCACCUUAGGAAACAGAGGAGAAGCACUCCGUAGACCAUCACCGAAUGCGAACGGCGAGCGGCGGGGGUGUUGAUGCAGGUUGAAUCACUUGCAUGCCGAGUAUUCGCUUCUUGUUGGCGAUGUCUGUGGGGGAAGUGAAUUGGAGCCUGACAUUGACAGCGGCAGCGCGGUCGGCGGCAGUCAGCUUCCUCGUGGCUGGAGCUUCGCCUAGGUGGUCUGCUAAGGCAGUU